CCCCUCUCCCCGCCCGGAUUAGUGGCAGCUUGGCCUGACUCUCCGGGGCUCCUUCCCCCGCCCCCGCCUGCUGCCCUCCCCUGGGCAGGGGGCUGUUCCACCCGAGGGGCACUGUGCUUGCCCAGGGUGCUGGAGGAGGAAACCGGCGGAGCAGCUUCCCCACUCUCAGUUGCGCGUCUGGCGAUGGCGAUGAGAGGUCUUGCUGCGCUGUCCGCCGCGCUCUCCCUCCAUUAGCCGCGCUGCGCCGUGCUGCGCCCUCUCUGGUGCCUCUCUCCUGGGACCCGGGAUCGGGCCCCCCUUCCAGGCACGACCCCCUCCCCCGGCCCUUCGGCCUUUCCCCCGACUCGGCCGUUUCCGACCCGGGGCGCACGUUCCCCCCGGCCCGGCUCCCACUCUCCCUCCGGGGGCACCCGCUCCCUAGCCCCGGCCCGGCCCUCCCCGCGGCGCAGCACGGAGUCUCGGCGUCCCAUGGCGCAACCCACGGCCUCGGCCCAGAAGCUGGUGCGGCCAAUCCGCGCCGUGUGCCGCAUCCUGCAAAUCCCGGAAUCCGACCCCUCUAACCUGCGGCCCUAGAGCGCCCCCGCCGC